UCACUCAUCCCUCUCCUCCUACGAACGUUACGGCAGUGGUGCUGAACUCAGAUUCAGCUAUGAUUUCCUGGAGUCCACCAAAUAUAAAUGCUGAGCGCGUUAUCAGCUACUCGCUGUUUUACAAAAUGGGAAGAGACGAACAGUACAAAGAAGUUGCGAAUGUCUCAAGUCCGUAUGAAUUGAUGGGUUUGAAAACUAAUGUCCCCACCACUGUGUAUCUCUUGUCCCAUACACCCGAAGGAUCCAGUUUAAAAUCUACCAGAGUGGAAAUUGUUACACAAGCCGAAGAAAACCAGAUAUGCCAAGUAGGCAAUCCUUUACUUACCUCCAACGGAAAUCUUUUCCUCUGCUAUCGUGACAUCGAUUGCCCUCCGUACUACGUUUGUAGUGAUGACAGUCCUUCAGACGAUAUCGCGGGCCGCUGCUGUCCCACGGGUAUGUCGUUUUAUUUUUCAUUUGAUUGCUUUUUUUCGCAAAACUUUUACAUCGCAGAGGAUUUCGUCAAAGAAGAUUUUCACCCGUCAACACCAGAUUUAGCCAAGUGUUGCGCUGACAAAGGGGUCACUGGUAAAUGUUUGAACUUGUGCAGCUACAACACGACCACUCAGGAUCUGAUCACAUAUGGCUCCGCUUGUUUUGAUAGCAUCAAGGCGUGGGUCGACUGCGGUGGAGGUUCAUAUAUGUUUCUGCCAGAUUCGCGUGAUCACAGGCCGUGCUGUUCCGAUGCUGGCGUUCCUUCGCGCUGCCUAGAUUUUUGCCACAGCCCUCUAAAAGACGUCAGCUCCGGUCAUCUGAUGUGUAUAAAAUACGCAACUGUCAUCGCCACCUGCAUUUUGCACGGUGUUCUGAAACUUCCUGGCCCGGCAAGGAACUUAAACAUCGCUGAACGCGGCAGUAACUUCGUUAAUUUGUCAUGGUCAGCACCUAGCCAGCCCACGACGGUCGAUUUUUACGAAGUGACGCUCAAAGACGGAGCCAGCACUGUUUUCAAGGCGAACACGACUGAACUAUUCCAUAUCUUCAGACCACUCGAACCUGGUGUCGAGUAUAAGGCGUCGUUGAUUUCUUACAAUCAGUACGGCUACAGCGUACCCAGCAGUCAGUUGACAUUUGUCUUGCAUUCGUCUGACGAAGAUGAUUACGAUCGGCCAUCAGCACCGUACGGCGUUAUCAUAACAUGGGUGGGAACGAGUGCCGUUAAUGUCAGCUGGGCAUGGACCGGUAUGACAGUAAACAGGAAACCUUGUACCAACGUCAAGUUUUCGGUGUUUUAUCGAGUUGAGAAUUCGACCUCUAUAGAGAAAGUUGAGACGUCGAAGAACUACUUGGUUAUAAACAACAUGCUGACAGCAAAGUUGUACAACUUGUACGUGGUCGCGGUUGAUCUGUCCCGCAAUGUAUCUAGCAGCCCAUCGGAGAUUGACUUGGAGGUCGAAAAUGGCAAAAAACUGGGCGACAGGGUCACCAUAUCAUGUUUUACGCUCAAAUAUGGCCCGCUGAACUUGACACUAGAGUAUGGUGACGAGCAAGUGGCUACUGUUCCUCCAAUUGUAACAACGAAAACAACGCCAAUCACGGUAUACAGUGAUUUCGACGUAACUAUUCCGUGUGAAAUUCGGGCGUUUCCUGCCUGCACUGAUUCUUCCGUUUAUUGGUCAUUUACACCAUUGGGACAGCCGCUUGCUGACACUGUUUAUGCCGACUAUCGUCAUUCAAUGAUCGUUGACGUUGAUCGUCCGUCCUACGUGCCUUCUUCGGGUGCGCAAGCCUCUUUGAUCGUAAGUGUACUGCUUCUCGUUGUUUGGGAUGAAAAUGAUAUACAAACAGGUAUAAAUACAAGUGUCGAUGAACAGUAGUA